ACAUACUCUCACCUGUGAGACAAACAAUAAGGGGUUUGGUGUUCCAAGUCUCGAGUCUCUCCAAAUGGGUAGAAGCCCUUGUUGCUCCAAAGAGGGCUUGAACAGAGGAGCCUGGACUGCUCAUGAAGACAAAAUCCUCAAGGAUUACAUUAAAAUCCAUGGUGAAGGAAAAUGGAGAAACCUUCCCAAGAAGGCAGGUCUGAAGAGAUGUGGAAAGAGUUGUAGGCUUCGUUGGUUGAAUUAUCUGAGACCAGACAUCAAGAGGGGGAAUAUAACCCAUGAUGAGGAGGAGCUUAUCGUCAGGCUUCACAGGCUCUUGGGGAACAGAUGGUCCCUGAUAGCAGGGAGGCUUCCAGGGCGAACAGACAAUGAAAUCAAGAACUACUGGAACACUAAUUUAGUAAAGAAGGUGCAGGGCCAUCCCAAAACAACUACUACUUCUACUCAACAUAGGGACCCAAACAUGUCUAAAGGCUCCAACAAGAAGAAGAAAAAGAAGCCCAUUCCGCCAUCACCGGCAACGCCCAACGCGGAGUCAAGAGUGGUGCGCACCAAGGCAUUGAGGUGCACCAAAGUUUUCCUCAGUCCACCACACAACCAAGUUGAACACAUCGGCGUUAACGAUGCCAGUCCCACAGUCGUCGUACCCACCACGGUUGGCGUCGACAUUGCGACCCCACCAGCAGUGGACUCAGAAUCCUACGACGGGCUGUCGUCGUUCACUCCCAGGGAUGAUAAUUCACCGGAUUUUAUGAUGGAUUUCAACGUGGAUGAGUUUUGCCUGACUGAUCUCCUCAAUUCUGACUUGUCCCAGCUCUGCCAGUUCGACAAUGGAGUGCUGGGGGAGACGGAGACCAACUGCUGCAACGAUGACAACAAUGGCUUGUCUCCAUAUUCCGAUCAACCUCUCUUUUAUCCUGACGAAAUGCUGGAGGAAUGGACAGGAAGCGACUGUGUUAAACCCGACGUGGUUUCAGAUCUCCGAACCUUGGCCACUUUUCUUGAUUGCGAGGAGAAUUGGUUAGCACAAUAAUCCAAAGCCAGUUGUUGUUCCUUCCUCCAAACUAAUAAGAAGGUCACUAAUUAGUUGCACUUGCCAGGGGCCUAGUGUGUCUGCUCCCCCUCCAUCUUGUAGAUAUCCAUGAAUAACGGUCAACGAUGAUCCUCUGUAUCUUGUGUAAGACAUCUAGCUAGCUAGGAGUUAAAACCACUGGACUGUCAUCUUGAAUAAUAACCUCUACUCUACACUCUGGUUGGGUUAAUUUCUUACUGUGGAGAAUGAGAACCUUACAAAGACUUUUUGUUUUAUUAUUAUUUUUUUUUUUUCAGUCAGUUUGGCAUAUGGUAUGGUAUGGUGUACUAAGCUAGAUAGGCAUGGUUGUAGUUUGAUUGGUGUUCACGUUAAAGCCAAAAAUAAAAAGGGUUUGUGUGUUUAUGGCUUUA